UCAACAGAUGGCAUUGCUAGUCACCCUCUGAUGUUGGCACGCUUGUUUUGUUGUUUUUUAAUUCGACAAUUUUGUAAGAGUUGUCGACCAAAUUAUUGAAUUAUCAUCAUGGUUAAAAGUCAGGCCAACAUUUCGUUGGGACGAUCAUUGAUCAAAAGUCAACGUAAUCAAUCAACAUCGAACCAAUCAUCGAGCGAGCGUCAUACGCAGGACGAUGGAUUAGUCGGACAGAAAAGCAUUACGGAAAACACUUCUUUGGAUGAUUUUCUUUCGCAAACUCGAUUGGCUAAUAAAAAAUUUACCGCCGAACAGGCGACAAACAUACGCAUCGUAAACAGUAGCAACAAUGAAUGUUCGGCGCCAACAACAUCUUCGUCUGGUGAGCAAUUUAGUGAUCAAUUACUUAUUCCUCGACGUCCACAAUUGGCUGGAAUUGAUUCGGCCGAACGAUUAAAAGAAUUGGAAAACGAAAAUUAUUUGAAAUGGCGUCGUCAUUUGGCUCAUUUGCAGGAAACGACCGAUGUGGUACUUACACCGUUCGAAAAAAAUCUGGAAUUUUGGCGUCAACUUUGGCGUGUAAUCGAACGAAGCGACAUACUUGUUCAGAUAUUGGACGCUCGUAAUCCAUUGCUCUUCUAUUCGGCCGACCUUGAUAAAUAUAUUCGGGAGGUGAAUCCCGAAAAACGUUGUUUGAUUCUGCUGAACAAAGCCGAUUAUCUAAAUCGAGAACAACGUCAACAUUGGCUAAAUUAUUUCGAUUCUAUCGGCGUCAAAUGUCUGCUUUUUUCUGCACUCGAGCAACAAGAACAACCAGUUGCAGAUGCAGAUGCACCUACGACUCUGAUGGAUCGAUUGCAAAUGAAUGAUGAUGAUGAUAGAACUGUAUCGUUGGAUUAUCGUCAACUCAUUUCGUUGCUAAAAUCGGAGAAUCACACGGAAAAACAACCAUUCACUGUUGGUAUGGUUGGUUUUCCUAACGUUGGCAAAUCAAGCACCAUAAAUGCCAUGAUGCGAGUCAAAAAAGUUUCCGUAUCGGCGACGCCUGGCAAAACUAAACAUUUUCAAACAAUCAUCAUUGAUGAUCAACUUACCAUCUGUGAUUGUCCGGGAUUGGUAUUUCCGAAUCUAGUUUCCAACAAAGCCGAAUUGAUUGUCAACGGUAUCUUGCCCAUCGAUCAGAUUAAAGAUGUGUUUAUGGCUAUCGAAGCUAUCACCAGCAAAGUUCCCGCAGCCGUAUUCGAAUCAAUGUAUGGCAUUAUGUUGAACAAAACCAACGAUAACCCAGACGAGGAUUCGAUUCCUAUUUACGUUUCUCCGUUGGAAUUACUCACAGUGUAUGGCUAUAGCCGUGGUUUUAUGACACAACGUGGUCUUCCAGACACUUCCAAAGCGGCCAAAUAUCUUCUCAAGGACUUUGUUCAAGGACGAAUCUGUUAUUGCUAUGCACCACCCAAUGUAGAUCAACAACAAUAUCAUCAGUUUACGGUUGCGGAUCGAAACCUUGAUCAUCGUGACCAAAAAAUUGCUGAUCGAAAAUUACAACGAGUUUAUGAAGGUAAUAAUCUACUUGCUCGAACAGAUUUCGACGAGGAUUUUUUCCAACAAACCAAAAUGUCUGGAGCUCACGUUAAAAACAACAAUAUCAGCAGAACCAAUGAAAACCAGGAUAAUCUUGCAACGAAGCCGUGGAAAAAUCAUCAACAUAAGCGAAAUCGUAAACAAAAGUUACGACGUGUUUAUAGCCAUUUGGAUCAAUGAAUCAAUUGUGUUUGUAAAUAAUGGAUUGAGUUUGUUAAAUGUGAAUAAAAUAAUAAUUUUGAAUUGAA